CUGUGGGAUAUAUCGGAUUAAAAAAACAAUAACAAAGAGGAAAUAAAUGAAAUCCUAUCAUUUUCUCUUAAUUUAUUUUCCCCUGUUCUUAACAUUGUAAACAUGUUUAUUUUAUAUUUAAAUCUGACUGAAUUGUAAAUCUUAAUUAAAAGUGUCAUUAAUUAAGUCUGUUUAAAGAUAUUAAGGCAUGAACUGAACGUAUAGAUUCGCCAGAAAGUGGAACAUAUUUGCUUGUUUGUAUACAAAAACAAUAUAUAAAAUGGAUUUGCUUAAUAUUUGUGUGAUAUGUUUGAGAACGGAAGGAAAGCUCCACAAUAUUAAUAAUCGCAGUUGUUUAAGUAUUUUCUACAAAGGACUGUUGUGUGAAGAAUCUCUGAAACAUAACUAUCCGAUACAGCUGUGCCCCUGUUGUAUGUAUUUAUUGAAGAAAUUCUAUAACUUUAAGAGGAAAUGCAAUAAUUCCCAAGAAAUGAUUCAACAGUGCUGGAACACUGGACUGAAGCUGAAGGAAUCCAAUUUAAUAUCCUACCCACAUUUAAGUUUCUGGAAAGAACACCGUAAUAAAAUAACAAAUUACAAACAUAUAGACAACAAUGAUGUUUUUCAAUAUAUAAAUACAAAUAUUUACGUAUCACAUGUUAAUACCAAGGAGGAAUCAUUUAACGAUAUGGAGAAGAAUCUCAAAAUGGAGAACGACGAGGAAACAGUGAAGAAUGUUGAUGUGUCCGAGUUGGAAGUGAAAACCGAUUUUGAUGAAGACUUAAUGGAGGGUUGUAUGGAUUCAUUGAGCCCUAUAGUUGUGUUUACUAAGGAGGAAAUUACUGAGGACAUCAUACCUGAAUCGAAAUGUGCGGAGCAGAGAAAUAUAGAGGUAAAGAAAAGGAAAGGAAAGCAGAAAGUCAAACAGAAGAAUAGACAGAAGGACAGAAUAGAAGAAUUGAAUAUAGACAAAAUGAGUAUACAUAAGAGAAGGAAACUGUUGAGACAAAUAAAAGAAAAACCAACCUUAACGGCUAAAGACAAACAGUUGCUUUUCAAACUGGACAAACGUUAUAAGCCCCUUAAGGAUCUGGAGAAUGACUUCAAUGUGCAGAUGUAUCUGACAGAAGAGGAACAGCUCGAGGAGUUCAACAGGAGGAGAACUGACGAUGGUUACUUGAAGGCGGAAUAUAAAUGUGAUGUUUGUUACAGGGGCUUCAAAGAACAGAAGUUGUUAGACACUCAUAAACUAAAGCAUGAGCCGUCAGCCGGUGAAUAUAUAUGCAGAAUAUGCAACAUACGAUGUCUCACGUCAAAACUGCAUCGUACACACCGUGAUUCAAACCACACCGCCAAAUAUACAUGUAAAAGUUGCUCCUUUGUUACCUACAGCAAAGCACAAGCGCGGAAACAUCAGAGCUGGCACGAAGGCGUGGUACACACGUGCCAACAUUGUCAGAUGAGUUUCAGGAAACACACAACCCUACUUAGCCACCUGCGCCUGUUGCACCCAUCGCCACAUAUCUGCGGAGUCUGCGCGCGGAGCUUCGUCAGCGCGAAUGGACUGCGACAACACAAAACUGUUGCUCAUAAGGAGGAGCAGGUGAAUGACAAGGACGGCACUAGGUGUGAAGAGUGCGGUGUGACCUUCACGUCUCGCAACGUGUACGUACGACAUGUGCUUUUAACGCCCAAGCACGCAGAACUAGCUGGCUGCAUCAUAGGCUGUACCAUCUGCGGGGAGCAGUUUGAUACUAGAGAAAUGCUGGAGAGACACACCCACAAGGACAACAAGCGAGGGGAGAGGGUCAAAGACCUUACCUGCAGCGAGUGUGGAGACCACUUCACACAUUCGUCGAGUCUGUACCACCAUUUUGUAAAAGCACACCCAGGUGUGCCAUACCAGCUGGCCGGCAGCCGACAUCUGCUCUGUGAGACGUGCGGAAGAACUUUCAAUUGCGUGGGCUCGCUGGUGUCGCACGCGCGUUCUCACAGCGGCGAGCGUCCGUUCGCGUGUCCGUCGUGCGACAAAACGUUCCGCACGAAACAGACGCGCGACAAACACGCCACGCGACACGACCGCACCCGCAGACACGCCUGCAGGGACUGCGGCAACCUCUACAGCAAUAAGACCAACCUGUUCAGACACAAACAGGUACACAGUGGCGUCCGCAAGCACCGGUGUGAUAUGUGCGACAAAUCGUUCGUGGAUGGGUCCAACCUUCGGCAGCAUGUUCAGGGGGUCCACUACAAUAUACGCAGGGUCCGGAAGAGAUAGAUACCCUACUGCACCCCCGAAGAAAGCGACCACUCAUGUACACCCGAAGAGAUCGAUCCCUCCU